AUGGGAGUGAGGGAGAAAAAGAAAAAAAUCUCUCAAUUCCUCUACUCACUUUCUCUCUCUUUAUGUUUCUUUAAAUCACCUAAUUACUCUCUCUUUUUCGCUCUCAAUUCCUCUUUUCUCGCUCCUUAUCUAAUUACUGUUUCUCUCUUUUCCUCUUCUCUCUCUCUCUUUAAUUCACAUCCUUACUGUCUCUCUCUCCUCUCUUUUCACCCCCGUUUUUCACUUCUCUUUCGAUCUUUUUCCAUGUGCCUCUCUCUAAUACAGCUAAUUACUAUCUUUCUCCUUUUUUCUUCUUCUUCUCUCUCUCUCCCUAUCUCUCUCUUUAAUUCACCUCUUUCCCUAUGUGUCUCUCUCUCUAAUUCAGGUAAUUACUGUGUCUCUCUAAUUCAGAUAAUUACUGUCUCUCUCCGUUCCUCUUCUCUCUCUCUCUCUCUCUAUCACUCUCUCUUUAAUUCACAACGAGUGAAAAGCUAG